AAGACCAUCCACGCCUUCUCGAUGAAGACCCUGACGCCCGAGCAAUGGGAGAAGCAGAACCAGUAGCUCGCCGUCGGGUUGCCAGGUCCGUCGGGGAGCA